AUGAUAAGUUUACCUUUCGAUAAAUGGAAACUCAGCUUUUAUGAAUAUGAUUUUGAGAUCUAAUAUGAAGAACACUCUAACGAAAUUAGAUUAGUUGGAUUUAAGAUAUUAAACCUAUUGAUGACUUUUGCUGCACUUAUUGCACUUAUCAUUUUUGUAGUUCAGUAAUAACCAUCUGUUUUAAUAAUAAUGAUGGCUGCAGUAGUAUUUUGCUGUUUCGGGUUGUAUUUAUUAAGUCCAAAGUUAAAACCUCGUUUAAAAUUUGUGUUUUCGUGUAUGUAUAUUUGGAGUGUGUCAACAAAUGUUAUGAUAGCAAUGAGUGGAAAUAAUAUUCCGAAUUUCUUUUUUGGGUUUAAUACAUCUGCACUCCUAUUUGGAAUAUUGUAGUUUAGUGAUAAUAAACUAAAAAUAAUAUACACAAUAGUGACUCCUUUAAUUAUAAUUUUUCUAUUCGAGGUCUACACUACAAAUAACAUAUAAUUCAUUUUACAUUCUGGUGCUUGCAUGUCAUUUAUUAGUGUGUUAACAUAUAUGUUUGAAUAUACUUCAAGACUUGCUUUUUCGCUUAACUUAAUUGCCAACAAAUAAAAAGAAAUAAUUGAUGAAUUUGUAACUGAUUCUAUGUUUGCUAUAAGUUUGGAUGACAGAACAAGACAGUUUAAUCUUGAAUUCAAGAAUAAAGCCUUUGAAAGUCUCAAAAAUAUUAAAGAUUCAGAAUAAAUUCGAUAAUUUCUAAGAACAUCAUAUGUCUUGAAUAAUAUGAAUGAGAGCCAAAAGCUAAAUGAAAAAGCUUUGUCUAAAUUACAAAAACUUGAAGAAUUUUUUUUCAAAAAAAUAAGGAGCCCAGAAGGCUUUAUGAAUAAUGAAAAUCAAGACGAUGAGAUUGAGAUUAUUUAAUAAGACAAGAUUAAUGAAAAAUAUAAAUCGAUGAAGCUUAUUGUCAAAUUAUUUAAUUUUGGAAAACCAAUUUUAAUUGUUAUUAUCAAAACUGAACAAGUGCAUAAUUUAAUAGAAUCAUAUGAGAAGGAUAUUAUUGAAUACCAAUAAUAAAUUGUGGGUUAUUCGUAAGAAAUUCUUAAUAGUUAAGCCAAUAUCAAUUUAGAAAUUAAAAAAAUAAAACAGCAUUUCUCAAAAAAUAUUUAGGAUUAAAUGUUUCUGAAACUCUAAUGUCUCAAUCUAUAAAUUAUGAAUUAGGUAAGGAACUAUAUAAUAUAUUUUCAAUAAGAGAAAAUACAGCAACUAACUUAGAUUUAAUAUAUUUCUAACCUAAACUUAUAUCUUGAUACAAUCUAAUAAUAUCUAUCCACUAUUGCAGAAUAUUAUUCUGUUAAAUUCAUGUUGUAACAUCAAAUGGAAAUUUAACUUUCUCUUAAUAUCAACAUUAAAUUCUUAACAUAAAUUUCAAUCAAUUUAUUUUAGUAAAUUUUGAUGCAUUCAAUGAAGAAUUAAGUAAUUAGUUUAAAUAUUACUGAAGAAUUAUAAACAUCAACAAAACGAUAAACCUAAUAAUAAUAAGUGGAAAUAAAAAAGAAGGUUGAAGAUUUUUAAACACAAUCAAAAUAAUUAAUUGAUUUAAAAUCGAUUUCAUUUAUGUUCACUUUUUAUUCUUUGCAUCACAUUAAUUUACAACGGCUUUAAUCCUUUUCAAUGGAAUAAAAAACUGAUGUCAAUAAUUUUAAUCAUAUACCUGAAUAUGUCACUUGUUAUCUUUUAGAUUAGAUGGGGGCCAAAUAAUUUUGUAUAAAUUAAUCAAGCAGAGCUUAUAGAUACUGA